AGAGCCUUUAUACCAGCAAGCAGCAGCAGAAGCAGCUGUUCUGUUAAACCGCCACACAUGGUGCAACUUCAGGGUUCUGCAAACUCAAGGGGAAUUUUCUGGUCUAACUCUAAGAUGUGACUUCCUAACCAUGGGAGAUUGGAAUUUACUGGGUGGCAUCCUAGAGGAAGUCCACUCCCACUCCACUAUAGUGGGGAAGAUCUGGCUGACCAUCCUCUUCAUCUUCCGAAUGCUGGUACUUGGUGUCGCUGCUGAGGACGUCUGGGAUGAUGAGCAGUCCGCCUUUGCCUGCAACACCCAGCAGCCCGGUUGCAACAAUAUCUGUUACGAUGAUGCUUUCCCCAUCUCUUUGAUCAGAUUCUGGGUUUUGCAGAUCAUCUUUGUGUCUUCCCCUUCUUUGGUGUAUAUGGGCCAUGCCCUUUAUAGACUCAGGGACUUUGAGAAGCAGAGGCAGAAGAAGAAGUUAUACCUUAGAGCCCAGAUGGAGAAUCCAGAGCUCGACCUGGAGGAGCAACAAAGGGUAGAUAAAGAGCUGAGGAGACUCGAGGAGCAGAAGAGGAUUCAUAAAGUCCCUCUGAAAGGAUGUCUGCUGCGCACCUAUGUCUUACACAUCCUGACCAGAUCAGUGCUAGAAGUAGGGUUCAUGAUAGGCCAAUAUAUUCUCUAUGGGUUUCAAAUGCACCCCAUUUACAAGUGCACCCAAGCCCCCUGCCCCAAUUCAGUGGACUGCUUUGUUUCCAGGCCCACAGAGAAGACCAUUUUCAUGCUUUUCAUGCACAGCAUUGCAGCCAUCUCCUUGUUACUCAAUAUCCUGGAAAUAUUUCAUCUCGGCAUCAGGAAAAUCAUGAGGGCACUCGAUGGCAAAUCCAGCAGUGGGAACACUGAGAACGAAACAGGCCCUCCAUUCCAUUCAACAAACUACUCAGGGACCCAGCAGUGUAUGAUCUGUUCUUCUUUACCUGAAAGAAUCUCACUACUUCAAGCCAACAAUAAACAGCAAGUCAUCCGAGUCAAUAUACCACGGUCUAAAAGCAUGUGGCAAAUUCCACACCCCAGGCAACUUGAGGUAGAUGUAUCCUGUGGCAAAAGAGACUGGGCUGAGAAAAUUGAGAGCUGUGCACAGCUCCACGUCCACAGCCCCUGCCCACAUGACCGCAGUGCCAGAAUUCAGCACCCUGGACAGCAACCGUGCCAUUCUGUCUUUGGCCCCAAGAAUGCAAUGUCUCAGUCUUGGUUCGGUACAAUGACGGCUUCUCAACACCGUCCAUCAUCUGCGUUAGAAACCUGGGAGCGAUCCCAGGGCCCAGAAGCUUCAGGGAGAUCUCUCACAGAUCGCCAGAGUCACUUCCAAGGCAGUGACGGCAGUGCAAGAGAGAGUGGGGUUUGGACAGACAGAUUAGGCCCAGGAAGUCGCAAGGCCAGCUUUCUAUCGAGGCUGAUGUCAGAAAAGGGACAACGGCAUAGUGACUCAGGAAGCUCACGGUCUCUGAAUAGUUCCUGCUUGGAUUUUUCACACGGAGAAAAUAGCCCAUCACCUCUGCCGUCUGCCACUGGGCACAGAGCAUCGAUGAAUAUGCUUCUAGAACUUUCAUCUAUUAUGAAAAAAUAACGCACCAAGAGCAGUUGCCAUCUACAAGAUGAAAGCUAUGCCUUUGUCAUCUCAAAGAGUCUGGAAGAACUCCACAUUGUCCUCCAGGGUGUGUGUUUGGAUCUGGAGUAUCUUCCAAGGUCCAGGUUAAAGGUCCCGAAGUUGUCCCUUAGAGAUCGUAAAAUCUUUAAGAGGUCCUAGUGAGAACUCUUAGGUUACUGGAGAUGUGCGAUGGAGGAAAUGUGAACCACAUUCCUCUCUCCUCCCUUUUUCUCUUUCUUUUUUGAGGCAGGAUCUCUCUAUUUAGCCCUGGUUGUCCAGGAACUCUCUAUGUAGAGCAGUCUGCCCUCAAGAUCGCACAGAUCCACCUGCCUUUGCCUCUCCAGUGCUGGGACUAAAUGCACGGUCACCAAGCCUAGCGCCCCUCUUCUCUUUUGCAUACUGGCUACAAGGUAAGUCUUGUCAUGUAUUCCUGCCAUGACGUGCUGGUAAGCCACAGCCCCCAAAAGCAAUGAGUCCAACUGACCAUGGGCUAAGACUUCUAAACCUACCAACCAAAAGAACCCUUUCCACUUUGGAAGUUAAUUCUCUUGGGUAUUUGUUACAGUUACAGCAAGCGACUAACACACCUGGCAGGCAGAGUUCUCCUCUGCUGGAGACUCUUAUGAGGCAGCCUCUUACAGCUCUGCCUGGUCAUGUCAUUUGUGGCAGGUCUGAAGACCCACUGGGGAGGAAUUUUAAGAGAAAAAUUCUAGAGACAACUGCUUAUAGUACCUGCCCUGAGGAUUGGAACACCAUUCUUCCUUCCUAAUAUCAGCAGCCCAAUGAGACACCUGUGGUGGUUUGAAUAGGUACGCCCCCAUAGACUCGUGUGUUUGAAUUCUUGACCGAUGAAGAGUGGCACUUUUAGGAGGUGUGACCUUGUUGUUGGAGGAAGUGUGUCACUGUGAGGGUGGGCUUUGAGGUCUCCUGUACUUAAGCUCUGCCCAGUGUGGAACCUCGUCCCCUUCUGCUGCCUGUGGAUCAAGAUGUAGAAUUCUCAGCUCCUUCUUCAUCACCAUGUCCGCCUGGACAUUGCCAUGUUUCCCACCAUGAUGAUAAUGGACUGAACCUCUGAAACUGUGAGCCCAAAUUAAAUGUUUUCCUUGAUAAGAUUUGCCUUGGUCAUGGUGUCUCUUCAGGACAACAGAAACCCUAAUGAAGACAACACCCAAAGAGAGCACCAGAGUUGCAGCAUCAGGCAGAGCUCCUUCUAACAGAUCCAGAGCAAGCUGGAGGCUCCAAACUCCACCUUGUCUUGAGCAUACUUCAUGUUUGUAAGGGAGAGGCUGAUAAGAAACUUCUCAUGUAGGGCAUGGUGGCACACGCCUUUAAUCUCAGCACUCAGGAGGCAGAGGCAGGAGGAUUUCUGAGUUCAAAGCCAGCCUGGUCUACAAAGUGAGUUCCAGGACAGCCAGGGCUAUACAGAGAAACCCUGUCUCAAAAAACAAACAAACAAACAAAAAGAAAGAAAAAAGAAAAAAGAAACUUUUUCACGUGAUUUCUCAUAUCAGCUCAUAUCAUAUUAUGUUGUGAGCAUGAAGAAAAUGAAAUUUUAAUUUAUAAAUGUUAUUGAAAUUGAGCGAUGUCUUAAACAGGAGCAAAUAUGCCCACAAUCUGCCGACACAUUCACUGUCAGUGAUAAUAAAUGUUGACUGUGGCCCAGAAAUCGUUUCCAGGGGUUACCAGGGGGCAUUACCUUAUUUUCACCUUCCCCGUGGUCAGGACCCACCCAGGAGAGGAGCUUCAGAGGGCCCUAGGGCUCCACAGUGCAGAGAGGCACGUAGGUUGUGGAAGGAGUUAUUUAGCUCUUUCAUCUUGUAUCACAUAAACAGACUGCCAUGAAACAUGGGCCACGUACCCUGUAACAAAGAUUUCAAGUUGUAAGAACAAUCAAUUUGGUUCAGAAUCAUGAAGCUCUUUUUUGUUUUGUUUUGUUUUCCGAGACAGGGUUUCUCAUGAAGCUCUGUCCCAUGUAUGUGCUGUGUGCUGGAUAGUUUUAUGUUAACUUGAUACAAGCUAAAGUCAUAGGGAAUCUCAGUUAGGAAAAUGCCCCCAUUAUAUUGGGUUGAAGGCAAUCCUGAAAGCAUUUUCCUAAUUAGUGUUUGAUGUGGGGGGGCCCAGCCCAUUGUGGGUGGUACCAUCCUGGGCUGGUGGUCCUGGGUUCUAUAAGAAGGCAGGCUGAGCAAACCACGAGGAGCAAUCCAGUAAGCAACACUCCUCCAUGGCCUCUGCUUCAGCUCCUGCUUCCAGAUCCCUGCUCUGUUUGAGUUCCUGUCUUGAUUUCCUUCAUGAUGAAUAGUAAUAUGGAAGUGUAAGCCAAAUAAACCUUUUCCUUUUCAAGCUG